GCUCAACUUCAGCUGCCCUGGCACUUCAGGCACCCUUGCCACAGGCUUUAAAAACCAAGUCCCAGCUCAGCUCCAGACAUUCACAACACCCCUGGCAGCACCAUGAACCCAGGAGUUUUCCUCCUCCUGGGCCUUCUCAUCCUCAGGGCAGAGCCGAGCAUAACACCAGAGAAGGGCGGGGACCUGCAGAAACCGGGGAGGUGUCCACGGGACUUCAUGCGCUGCUUGCGCCUGGACUCCCCACUCUGUGCCAAUGACUCCAGCUGUCCCGCUGGGCUCAAGUGCUGCCACUGGGAGUGCCGGCUCCGCUGCAUCCCCCCGGCAGAAGAGAAGCCCGGUGCCUGCCCAGCAGCAGCCCCGGAGAGGCUCAUUGCCGCCUGCUCCUUCCCCUGCCUGGAGGACAAGGACUGCCUGGGAGCGCAGAAGUGCUGCCCGCUGGGCUGCGGCUCUGCCUGCUUGGAGCCGGCGCAGGACCAGCCCAAGCCCAGCGAGGGCCCCACGGUGCAGCCAGGACCAUUCCGGGAGCGGUGCCGAGAUGACGGCGACUUCCCCGACGCGCAGAAAUGCUGCAACAGCAGCUGUGGCCAGCAGAGCCUGCCGGGAGCGCCGGCCGAGGACACCAGCCCUGCCCCAGUCACUCAAAGGCCACUGCAGCACAAGUGGGGAUGCCUCAAGGACCAGGACUGUCCCCCAUUCCAUGUGUGCUGCCACCAGCUGUGCACCAGGCACUGUGGGGCAAAGAGCCAAGGGAAGGACAGAUUCUGCCCAGCCCGUGCCGGGCUGUUCCCCAGUUACGACUGCAGAGCCUGGUGCCGGCACGAUGGCGACUGUCCCCGAAAGGAGAAAUGCUGCCUCCGUGGCUGCGAUUAUGUCUGCCUGCCCCCAUCCCGAGAGAAACCAGGCAUCUGCCCGCUGGCCGAGGAGGCUCCGCUGGCCCCGUGUGGCAUCACCUGCACCGAGGACUGGCAGUGUCCGGGGGCUGAGAAGUGCUGCGGCAGCAGCAGAUGUGGCUACGUGUGCUCAGCCCCCGAACCAGACAAACCCGGUGAGUGCCCAAAGGUGAGGCCACACCACUCAUCGGAACCGUGCACGGAGAUGGAUUCCUGCAGCCACGACAGGGACUGCUCCCGGCAGGAGAAGUGCUGCUUCUCUGGCUGCGCCAUGCGCUGCACCCGCCCUGCCCGAGAGCACCCCGGAGAGUGCCCCCGGGCAGAGCCGUGCUGGGACACGCGGCGCCGGCGAGGGAGCCAGUGCCUGGAUGACAGCGUCUGCCGGCGACAGGAGAAGUGCUGUGACACCGGCUGUGGCUGGGAGUGCGUGGCCGUACCCAGAGCCAGCGGGGACAAAGCUGAUGGCCAGUGUGUGGAGGAGUGCCAGACUGAUUCGCAUUGUCCCCGGGGACAGCGGUGCACCAGCAUCAGCUGUGGCCACAUCUGCAUGGACAUCCCUGGAGAGCAUGACACUGUGGCUGUGCCCCGGCCCAGUGCUGAGCGGUGCUCGGAGGAGUGCGAGGCCAACUCACAGUGUCCCUGGGGACAGAGGUGCACCCGCACCUCCUGCGGCCGUGUCUGCGUGGACACUCCUGGAGAUGCUGCGUGAUGGGAGAGCAGCUCCUCUGCAGCAGGAAGAUGCCUUCAUUAGGGGACAUGGGACAGUCACGAGCCC